UCACAGUUAAUCAGUGUUAGACUCGUGGCAGCAUCACACAAUGUUGCUAAUGCCGAGGCGCUUAAAAACCAUAUCGGAAGCACAUUCGGAGGAAACAACAUUGAAACAUCGACCAAACACCUAUCAGCUACAGACGAUAGAAACGUUGUCAGUUUGCAAAAGGUGCUCGCAAUCGAAAGGCAGCUCCAGCUAGUUUGAGGAGUAAACCCGGGCUAUCAGUUUGUCACAACGAUAACGUUAAAAAUCGACCACAAAAAUUGAAGGCGGGAGUGAAGUUCUAAAGUUUUUUUUUUGUUUUUUGUCUCACAAUAUACAAAGAGACAGAGGGUGUUACAGUACAGUUUUAGUGACAGGGGUUGGUUAUUUGUUCGAUUUGUUUGCUAAUUUUGUCCCAAGGGUUUGUCGACUUAAAGUGCUUUCAUUCGAAAAAAAAGUUGUGCGUUAUUUCAGUCCUUGAUUUACAGAACUACUUCUCAACACGAAUGGGGGAGACACAGACAGAAGCGAAAAAGAAUUCCAAGGAAUCCACUUCAGUUAUAGUACGACGUCGAGUAGUGUAGUAGUAUCCUGUGAGUUGAAAGAAACAAAAAGAAACGAAAACGAAAAAAAAACGGUUUGUUGUGAGUGCAUCAGGUGUCCUGGGUUAUAAACAAAGAACCCCUUGUGUGCUAUAAUGUAAUCGGCCGGAAGUGAAACCUUAAACCAAGUGCGGUCCGCGCGCAAUCCAAACAAUGGAAAUGGAUGUAAACUUAUCGUCGAAAAAAAUUGGCGCUAUCGAGGGCGUGCUGGGUGGUGGUAUUGGUCUUAGCCCAAACUCUCCAGUUGCCAAAUCGGGCUGCUGCAUGAUUCGAAUGAAUUUGAGGACAAAACAGCAUCGAACUCCACAGGAAGUGUAUUUCGAGAGUCGAGGCAAGUCGUGCAAGAAGUUGUUAAAAUUUAAUGGCAACUCGAACAAGAUUCUACUCUAUCCGGAAGAAGGUUGGGCACGUACAGCUGCCUCCAGCUAUUGGACAAUAACGCCAUGUUGGUGGCAACCAAAUCGGUGUCGCAUCGAAGAAUUCAUGGGCUCCCAGCGGCAAGCUACCAAAGCCAAAAUGCUCCCCAUGGACAAGGGUUCACUGUUGAUCCUCGGUCAUUUCAAUCGAAAUCAAAGCACCGAAACCGAAUUCAAGCUAUACCUCAGUUCGAACAUUUCCAUGGAGGACUAUAACAUGGGCUAUUGUCUGACCGGAUUUGUGGAGAGGCGUUGUCCACAAACGAACGCCUUCCAAAUGACACAUUUUGCCGUAAUAAAAAGGCAAUGGCCGUCCAUAGCUAAUGAUUGUAAAACAACAUGAAUGUCACUUCUUAUAUUUAUUUUGUAAGUAAAGUGAAUUAAAAAAAUUUAAAAAAAAAUUAAAAUGAUAUUCUAAUUACUGUAAUUUGAUAUUAUAUUGAUAACAAAAUGAUGAUAAGGAAAAAUAAAACCAUAAAAUGUUUUAGAUGUUUUAGUACGUGUUUAGUGGUUAAGGAGUAGUGUUUUUAUUGUACAACAACAACGCUAAGCGAGCGGCAUAUUUUUUUGUUUUGUAUAGAAAAAAAAAGUAAAAGUUAAAUGCUUAUGCAACAAAAGCACAGGCUUUAAUGUUAAAUGUAUAAUGUUAUUUUUUAAUUUUUAAAUGUUUUCGUACAUAAAUUCUUCCUCUUUAUACGAGUAUAAGCUGAAAGAUAAAGUAAUAGAAGAAGUGAAACGAUAUAACGUAUAUGAAUAUCAAAAUUUCGUCCAAAGUUGGAGUUGAAGUAUCCGGUCUAAAUGCACAUUUAUAAAAAAAAAAAUAUAUAAAUAGUUAUAAAUAUAUAAAUAAAACUACAAAUUAUAAAUAAAACUACAAAAUAUAAAUAAAAUCAUCGCACAAU